AAAAUAAAAAAAUAUAAAAUAAAAAAAAAAUGUCAGUAUAAAUUAGAACUAGAAAAAUUUUAGUAAAUCCCCUUUUUAAUAGACGUUAAAUGGUUGUUGAUGUCUUACACCCUGGUGAAGCUACCGUUUCUCGUAAUAAAGUUAAAGAAAUUUUAGCCAAAAGCCUUAAAGUUGACGAUAGAAACGUUGUUGUUUAUGGAUUCAAAACUCAAUUUGGUGGUGGAAAAUCAACUGGAUUUGCAUUAGUAUAUGAAAAUCAACAAUAUUUAUUGAAAUACGAAUCUGCUGCAAGACUCAGAAAACUUAAAAUUUUACCCGCAAAAAUUUCCACUAGAAGAUCUUACAAAGAAUUAAAAAGAAAAGUAAAAAGAACUUCUGGUAAAGCUGUAACUAAACUCAAUAAUGAAAGAAAAGGAGAAACUUGGGCAAGUUUAUAAUCCAAAAAAGCAGCCCAUUUAAAGAACUUUGUUGCAAAAUGAAAAAAGAGGAUAUAUAUUUAUAAGAGAAAUAAGCAAAAAAUAAAAGAAUCAUUAAAGAUUUUUUUAUUUAGGAGACUAAUUUUUUAUUUUUUAUUUUCUCUUAAAUAUUUUUUUAAAAAAAUAAAUAUUUUGUAAGUGUAUUUUGUUUUUUUAUAAUUCUAUUUAAACUAAUAAAAAUAAUUUAUUAAAAAAAAAU